UCGAUUACAGAGCGGUUUUUAUAAAAGUCGUUCCAUUUCAUCAAAACACAUUCACAAUCCGCCCUCCUAAAUUUCCAUUUUCCAUCUCUUUCUUCAUCUUCUUCUUCGAUUCAUUGUUCACGUAGGAAGGAGGACGAUCUCUGUCUUCGUUUCUCUCUGUAACUCUUCCUAUCAGGGUUUCGCAAAUGGCCUCCAAACGGAUCUUGAAGGAACUCAAGGAUUUGCAGAAGGAUCCUCCUACAUCAUGCAGCGCCGCUUGGCUACCUGGUCAGAUGUUCAGAUUGUGACGUUGUCUGCAGCUGGAUUAUCCAGUCUGGUCAGAGGCUUUACAUACUACCAACUGGUCCCGUUGCCGAAGACAUGUUCCACUGGCAGGCAACAAUAAUGGGUCCCCCAGACAGUCCUUAUGCUGGGGGUGUUUUCCUAGUUACUAUUCAUUUUCCUCCAGAUUAUCCCUUUAAGCCACCGAAGGUGGCAUUUAGAACGAAAGUAUUCCACCCGAACAUAAACAGCAAUGGGAGCAUUUGCCUUGACAUCUUGAAGGAGCAGUGGAGUCCUGCUCUAACUAUUUCCAAGGUUUUGCUUUCCAUCUGUUCUCUGUUGACGGAUCCGAAUCCUGAUGAUCCAUUGGUGCCGGAGAUUGCCCACAUGUACAAGACAGACAGGAAUAAAUAUGAGACGACAGCAAGGAGCUGGACCCAGAAAUAUGCCAUGGGCUAAAAUGAGGUGUGGUAUGUGCGAUAGGAAGGCCCUUAUAUCUUCUUUCCCGUGGUUUUAGUUGUGUAUGAGGGAUGUCUCUUGAAUCCUAAAAUGGACUAAAGAAGAGUUCCAUAACAAUGUCCCCAGUAUUAAAAAAAGAAAAGUCAACACAUGUUGCUUUCCUAUUGUUUGUAUGGAUAAUCAUAAUGGUGAUCUUUAGAACAAUGAAUAGCCUCCCCACUAUUGUUUCCUUCUUGUUGUUUGUUGGAAAUUUGAGCUGACGAAACUUUACCAUCA